AGCGCGUGCGCCGUGGCCCCUGCGCAUCCCCACCCGCACCCCGCUCGAUCAUAUGGGAGUGUGAAAAAUAAUAAUAAAACACAAAAUGCAUUAGCAUUGAGCCGUUCGCCGAGCACCACCGCCACCACCCCUGAUUACGGCGCCUUCACUCUUAGCAAAUAAUCGCAGGUUUGACGGGCCGAGCCGAGGUAGGAUGAGCUCGUCUGAAUAACGAAGGACACCAGUUUUUUUUUUUAUAAUUUGUCGCGAGCGAGAGGACAUUAUGUCAAGAAGCAAUAGCCGCAGGAAGCCUUUGAACUACCGGGCCAGCAGGUGUCCCGGCACACCUGGUGCCUCCAAGCACCAGCAAAUCGAAAUCAUCGUCGAGACGCUGUCAGGAACGGCCUUCGAAAUGACCGCCUCGCCCUCUGAGACGCUGCUUUCCAUAAAAUCGAAGAUCCAACACGUUGAGGGAAUACCAGUGGCUCACCAGCACCUAAUCUACAAUUUAAAAGAGCUGCAAAACGACACUGCAACUUUGUCUGAGUGCGGUCUGAAAAAUGGUUCCAAAUUGCGUUUGGUUUUGUCAUUGCGAGGAGGGCCUAUCUCAACUAAAAGACUUCCAGUACUCGCCUGCAGCGGAGAUGAUUUUGAGCAGGAUUUUGAGCCAGUCCCCUCGGGCAGCCACAUUGUUUUGCUGACGCAAGAGGGCGAGUACCUCAGCCUGCUGAAGAUGGUAAAAAAUGACGACGGGAGCUUCUCUCCCCUGAAAGAAGACUGGCCUAGUCCUGACCUGCUUAUGGAAAGUAAUUCGAGUGAUUUCGGAGAUGACCAACGUUUGCCUUUGAUCAUGCCUGCCCUGUCGACUGACUCUUGGGAAAUGCAGAACGCCAUCACAAAGAGCAAAAUCGAGGAUUUGAAACAGAAAAUUGAGCUGCUGUCUCUAAAGAAGAAGCUCAAGAAGCUAAAUAGCCAGCUAGAGGCGCCAGCAGAAACUCCAACAGCAACCUCGUCCGACUUCAAUCACAAACCCCUGCUGCCGCCAAUUGGCCCUCAGAAGCUCACUACUCCCAACCCCGACCCUUUAACUAAUCCGUCGCUUGUCAAGCAGAUCCACCUGAACCACUUCGUUCUGGACAACAGGCCAAGAACAAGUCCUGAGACGCUGUACGUGGUUGGCCACAAUCUGAACCAGGCGGUUCAGAAAGAGGCCAAAGAUAUGUGCCGGCUUCUGGGAGAAGUGCGACGUCGCCAAUGGACAAAAGAGGUGACCAAGGAGCCAAAUUCCCUUGCACCGCCACCAGCUAAGAAGAGAUGCAAGGUGUGUCGCCGCCGACUCAACAUUACAAAUAGCCAUACGUGCCGGUGCUCGGGACUGUUUUGCGCCACCCAUCGUUACGCCGAGACCCACGACUGCUCAUUCGACUACAAAGCGGACGGACGCAAGUACCUCAGCCAGACUAACCCUCUGGUAGUGAUGCCCAAGCUGCCCAAAAUUUAGUC